AUGCGUGCGACGCAAGAUUACCUUUCGGAUGUCGAAUACGAUGUGUUCAAGCAUUUCCGCCUCAUAAAGGUAGACGAGGGGAAAUCGCAGCAGUACGAGUGCAAAUUCUGCUGCAAUGUUUUUCCUGGUGCCGCCAUAUGCUGCGCGAAGCAUUUGGCGAGUUGGAAGAAGAUGAAGCGCCGCGAAGUGGCGCUAUGCAAGGAUGCCCCCUCUGAAGUUCGGGCUGCCAUGCGGAAGAAGUACAAGGCUAAGGCUGCAGCGGCGGAUCAGCGCCGCCAGGCGACAUCGGAUGCCAUUGCAUUGGUCACUAGCGGCGGAAAGAGGAGCCGCAUAACUGACUACUUGGAGUCGGAUGCGGCAGCUGGGAAGCGCGAUGCACAUGAGGCGUUCGCGCUCAUGUUCGUGGGGUGUCGCAUCCCGGAGCGCAUCGCGGAGCACCCUCUCUUCAUCAACGCCGUCUGUGCCAUUAGGGACGCCAACACAGGAUACGUCCCCCCUAAGAAGGGGUUCAUUGGCACGGCGGGCUUGCAACUCGUGGACUGCCGCAUGGAGACCAAAACCGGGGGUUAUGUCGCCAGCAUCCUCAGGCCCGUGGUGGAGGAGGUCCGUCCGGAGAACGUGGUGGCGUUCUGCAUAGGCGGUGGGUCCAACUACGCGGUGGCGUGCAACGAGUUGAUCGCGGAAUGGCCGCACAUUCAACACGUGCCAUGCGGCACCCACGUCAUGGACCCCUACAUGGAGGACGUCGGCAAGAUGCCGUGGGCCAAGAAGGAGGUGGACCCUGCGGGCGAGAAAAUCUCCUUUGUCCGCAACCACCACUGGACGAGGGGGGUACUUGAGGACCCCUGA